ACAAGGGCGCCAGACAAAUUUUCCCAAUUCAAUAUGAUUGUAAUUACAAUUUUAAAUUGAGAAUGUUGUGUGUGCAAUUGACACGAUGGCGGGAAGUCAGUUUUUAGUGAACGGCGAGAGGUACCAACGUGUGCGUGCUUGAGAAGGGGAGUGGCUAUGGCAGAAAGCGGGAACCGAUCGAGCGGGAGGGGCUGGGCAGCGCCAGCAACAGGCAGAGGGAGGGGGAGAGGGAGAGGCCGGCAACCAUGGCAACAGAGCGGGGGGACCGAUGGCGCAAGGCAAGAGGCAAGGGGAGGUGAAGCCCCAGCUGUCAUAGACCGUCAGCAUGAGGGAAGUCGAUGGGGGAGGGGCAGAAGAAGUGGUGGCGGCGGGGGUGGCGGGCGCGGAUCCGCGCCUGCUUCCGCUGGCGGCGAUCCGAUCCCACAGGCGGAGUCUUUGAGAGAAGAAGCGGCGACAACGAAGGGUUCUCUCGUCAGCAGAUUCUCGUUGUUGGAGCGAGCCGCCGGCUUGUUGAAGGCGGCGGCUGUGGCUGUCGUCCGCCAUGGCUCGUCUUCGUCGUCGGAUGCGGAAACGUUGUUCGACUACGGCGAUGUCUUGUUGGAACAAGCGGAGGCAGCGGUAGCAUGCGCGGCGGAGCUGAGCGGGUCUCCCUUCGAUCCGGCAAACAAGCUGACGCUAGAGGAAGGAAACGCAAAGGAAAGAAGCGCGAAACUCCAUGCGGCGGAGCUCUGCCGCCAAUCGCGCGAGGUGUUCGAGACCAUCCUCUCUUCCCAAGAUCGCCAUCUUGCUGCCUUCCGACAAGAGGCAAUGGUAAAUAACGCCACCGCUCUGUCGUCGUACGCAGCGUUGAUGACAGAGAUGCAAGAAGAGAGUAACUCUCGGGUCAAAUGUGCGGACGACAAUACGAUCAAGAAUGCACGGCAAGGAGGAGGAGGAGGAGGAGGAGGAGGGGGAGGAGGAGGAGGAGGAGGGAGGGAGUCUGACCCUGACAAACUGUACUGUCAGGCUUUGGAGAGAUACUCGCUGGCUAUGGAAGCGAGCCCGAAUGAUGCGGAGGUGAUGACGAACUUCGCCGACACGGCAGUGAAGUAUGCAGAGUACGCAGAGCUAAUGAGUCGGCGAGGGUUGGAAUCCGGUAGUCGUCAGGGGAUCGAAGGGGAAGGGGUUGGUUCGUGUGAAGCGGCGGGUUCCCUCUCUCGAGCGGGCUGGUUGCAGAAGAUGGAAGAUAUGUAUGGUCGAGCUAUGGCGGCGUACGAGAAGGCCUGGUCUCAUGCAUCCUCUUCCUCCCACUCCUCCUCCUCCUCCUCCUCCUCGUCGCCGUCGGGAAAUAACGGCUGCGAUCUCGCGGGUUUGCUCCAAAAUUGGGGGAUGGGGUUGUCGUCGAUGGCUCAGCGUGUUCCCGAUCCGACGGUUUCUGAUCGACUGUUCAGUCAGGCGGAGGGGAAGUUGAUGACUUCCCUUUCCCAGACGACAGAUCCUACAGAGAGAAUCUCUGUGCACCUGGCUAUGGCGGACGUGCUCAAUUCCUGGGCGGAGAAGACGAUGGAGCUCGAUCGGAAGUAUAUUGCGGAGUCGAUGGCUGCCGACGAUCGAGCGAAUCGCGCGAACAUCGUCUUAGAUCGACUGGCACGUGUCCUCGACCAAGGGUUGAAGCCCGUGUUGAGUCUGGAUCCCGACAACCUGGACGCGUUGUUAGGGUUUGCCGACCUGCGACUGGCUAUGGGGAAGACGAUCUGCUCUGUCGCGAAAGGCAGAGAGGAUCAAAGAGGGGGAGGAGGAGGCGAGGAGGGGGUGGUAUUGGCCAGGCAGAUAUGGGAAGAAAGCUCCCACGCUUAUUGUAAAGCAAUCAAUCUAAUUAGGGAUCAGAUUUGCGAUGGGAAAUCCAGCGGCCCUGCGAGUAGUCUCAGUUUCAGUGAUCAGUGCUCGAUUCUAUACAACUAUGGGUGCUCUUCCGCUUUGGCUGGAUCUGCGCCGGAUGUGGCAGCGCAGGCGCUUCAUUCCCUUCGCGCAGUAGGGGCUCUCUCUCUCGCAGAUUUGGUCUCCGAUCCCGACUGGCAUCGGAUAAGAGACCAGGCCUGGUACCACGCGCUCGUGCAACAGUUAAAACACGAAGAGCAAAUCAAAAAUAGCUGCUCUGGCAGUGACCUGCGCACGAACACACCUACUGACAUGAUGAUCUCUUAGCCCUUACCAAGUUGCGCUGUAUUCCCUUCACUCAGGAGGGGUCUCUCUCUCUCUCUCUCUCUCUCUCUCUCUCUCUCUCUCUCUCUCUCUCUCUCUGUCUGUGUGUGUGGCUCGCUCUCUCUCUCUCGCAGAUUUGGUUCGGAUCCCGAUCGGAAUUGGAUAAGAGACCAGGGGUGGGUACCAAGCGCUGGUGCAGCAGUCAGAGUAGGAAGAGCGAAAGAAAAGCAGUUGCGGAAGUAGUGACCUUUUUACGUAUAAGGAAGGAAUGCUAACAGUCCUACUGACAUGAUGACCUCUUAGGCCGUGCUCACAGUUGCAGUGUUUUGAAUCCGUUGUCCUGUAAUGGCGGUUGUAUGCAUCCGCGAAAGCCGUAGUGUAACUCUAUGGCUUUCUUUGCUGCUGCUAGUGCGUCUCGGUCAAAUUGGCCCCUCUUCUGAUAGGGUCUUCUCCGUUGAAAGAGCUUGCUUCCACAUCCGGCUUUUCUUCGAGGAGCUGUAGGUAUUGAUUCCUCUUUCAAUCCCUCCCUUCUCUUCGGUUCUCUCCUUUCUACGGUCUCUCAUGGCAUCCGAACUGGUUGUAUUAGUCCUGGUCGCGCCGACUAGUACAACCAGUUCGGAUGCCAUGAGAGACCGUAAAAAGGGGAAAGGUGUAGGUGUGUGUGUGUGUGUGUGUGUGGUAAUCAAUCAAUCGUCAUCUG